AUGACACAACGUCUUCUAGACAUCACGAAAUGGCUUUGGUGGGUUCUCAUUAUACACUCAGGAUAUAAUGCAGUAAGAUGUGUCACAGUUAGAACGCCAUCGAUAAAUCCAGCUACAGUAGGAGAACAAGCUAAAUUCUUUCAGGACUUUUUCUCAGUACAGUUGAGUCCAUACAAGAUAGAAUUCGGUCAUGUUUGCGAGGACCCAAACACGUGGGAGCAGCGGUACGAGAGGAAAGACUAUAAGAAUCACAGGGACAUGGGAAAAGUUCGCUGGGGUGACAAAAAAGGAGGAUAUGGAGAACACUAUUGGGACUUAAACCACGCAGGGCAUACAGGGAAUCACGGCGACGAUGGUUAUGAUAAUUCAGAUGAUGGGGCUUAUUACGAGGAAGAAGAUAAUGAUUCAUAUGACGAACCAAGCGAUCACUCACCAAAUUAUCAAAAGAAAAAUUAUAGCCCAGAAUCGGUAAAGUAUGAAGAAAAUGGUAGAGCCAAAAGAGCACAUACAAGAUCAAAGGUACAGAGAAAAGAAAUAGAAGAACAAACUCAAGGACCUCAAAGACAAAUAAAAAAUAGAGAACAUUUACCUGCUCCACAUUCUGUCGAUAAAUAUGAAACAGAAUAUAAAGACAGCAAAAAAGCUUAUGAAAAAUAUAGUAAGCAAAAUGUCCCGCAACCGUCCCAACAGGAACAAUAUAGCCAAAAAGAAUUUGACCAACCGAGAGAGAAGAACCAAAUCGUUUUAGUAGUAGGCCAUAAAGAGCGAGAAACGCAAGAUACAGACAGUCAUCUCGCACCUCGCCAAUUAGAAACAAGCCAUUACGUUCCUUAUGAAGAUGGUUCUGGAAUAAGGCAGCAUAAUCGUCCGGAAUUGACUGCAGCCGCCACCUCUCCUCGGCUCUUUUUAGAACCUUCUACAGGACAUGUUGUUGACAGAACUACCGGCCAAGCAUAUUUUCUGCAGCCAAUACUUCGAAAUCCUAAUUAUAGUUAA